AUGGGAAACCUUGUGCUUUUUGAUACGAGUAAUACAACGGUUUGGCAGUCAUUCGAUCACCCUACAGACUCGUUAGUUUUCGGGCAGACGCUGAAUCCCAGACAGAAGCUGACAGCUAGCAUAUCAACCUAUAAUUCCAGCCGAGGAAGGUACAAAUUUAGUCCUGCAAAUACAACCCAAUUCAUAAAGUUGGAGCCUGGUGGACAUUUAAAGGUUUAUGCAUGGGGAGGAUCAAGUUGGGGACAAGAGCAAGAUCUCCUGACAAACAAUUUAUUCGGUGACUGCGGGUACCCUAUGGUGUGUGGAAAAUACGGCAUUUGUUCAGAUGGGCAGUGCAGUUGUUCUCAACAAACCGAUUUCUCGCAAAUUAAUUUUAGACAACCCAAUCUCGGAUGUUCCCUUAACAUACCUAUUUCUUGUGACUUUUCUCAAUAUCAUAAGCUUGUGGAGCUUAAGGAUAUUGAUUACUUUGUUUAUAGAUCAGACCUGAGGGAUGAGAUGAUGGAGCUAGAGGAUUGUAUGAAUACAUGCUUGAAAAACUGUACCUGUAAAGCUGCUGUUUUUGCAUAUAAUUCGGAUCCUCUACGGGGAGGUUGCCUGUUACUAUCUGAAGUCUUUUCUCUUAUAAACAUUCAAUCUUCAUUCCAUCUGCGUAAUUCCUCAAUGUUUGUUAAAGUGCAGACGAGUUCAUCAGGUAGUCUUCUUGCAAAAAAAUCAAGGGGAACCCCAUCAUUCAUACUGGGAGCUAGUCUCGGAGCUUUCAUUGGUGUGUUACUUAUGAUGGGGGCUUGCUUUUUCCUUGUAAGAAGGAUUACUACAUCCAAGGAGGUUGAGGAGGAUUAUUUGGACCAAGUACCAGGGAUGCCCACAAGAUUUGCAUACAAAAACUUGAAAGAUGUGACUGAAAACUUCAACAAAAAACUUGGGGAAGGAGGAUUCGGAUCGGUCUUUGAAUGGACUCUGAGCAAUGGCACCAAAGUAGCAGUGAAGCAUCUCAGUGCAUUGGGUCAAGUAAAGAAGUCAUUCUUAGCUGAAAUUGAGACAAUAGGUAGCAUUCACCAUGUCAACUUGCCUGAGGAAGAUAAGCAUUUAUUAUGUCUUUUUCAAAGAAAAGCAAGAGGAGGACAACUUUCAGAUAUGGUUGACAAGUGCAGUGAGGAUAUGCAGUUGCAUGGACCUGAGAUUGUGGAGACGAUGAGGCUAGCUGACUGGUGCUUACAGAGUGAUUUUAAGAGGAGGCCUUAUAUGUCAACUGUGGUUAAGGUCUUGGAGGGUUAUGUGGAUGUUGAAAGCGACUUGGAUUAUAACUUUGUUGGUCAACAUUUAUCAAGAACAACUGCAACCAUUUGUGAAAAGGAGGACGUUGUUCGUGCUGCUACACCACUUCUGCCAUCAGUUUUAUCUGGACCAAGGUGA